AUGAGUACACCCUCUGCAGGAGUCGGCAGAGCAGGCACACCAAGGAGUUCAUCUUGUCGGAGCUGCUGUCGAACCUGUACUCGCGUGGGAACGAGAAGACACUCCAGGAGGAGUCGACAGAGUAGGCAGACCAAGGAGUUCAUCUUCUCGGAGCUGCUGUCCAACCUGUACUCGCACACUCCUGGAGGAGUCGGCAGAGCAGGCACAGUGGCGCGACGAGAUGCUGCUUCUCAGAGCCGCUGUCCAACCUGUACUAGCGUGGGAACGAGAAGACACUCAUGGAGGAGUCGGCAGAGCAGGCAGACAAAGGAGUUCAUCUUCUCAGAGCUGCUGUCCAACCUGUACUCACGUGGGACGGAGCAGACACUCCUGGAGGAGUCGGCAGAGCAGGGAGACCAAGGAGUUCAUCUUCUCGGAGCUGCUGUCCAACCUGUACACGCGUGGGAACGAGAAGACACUCCUUGUGAAUUCGGCAGAGCAGGCAGACCAAGGAGUUCAUCUUCUCGGAGCUGCUGUCCAACCUGUACUCGCGUGGGAACGAGAAGACACUCCUGGAGGAGUCGGGAGAGCAGGCAGACCAAGGAGUUCAUCUUCUCAGAGCUGCUGUCCAACCUGCACUCGCGUGGGAACCAGAAGACACUCGUGCAGGAGUCGGCAGAGCAGGCACAGUGGCCCGACGAGAUGCUGCUUCUCAGAGAUGCUGUCCAACCUAUACUUGCGUGGGAACGGGAAGAUACUCCUGGAGGAGUCGGCAGACCAGGCAGACCAAGGAGUUCAUCUUCUCGGAGCCGCUGUCCAACCUGUACUCGCGUGGGAAUGAGUAGACACUCUGGAGGAGUUGGCAGAGCGGGCAGACCAAGGAGUUCAUCUUCUCGGAGCUGCUCUCCAACCUGUACUCGCGUGGGAACGAGAAGACACUCCUGGAGGAGUCGACAGAGCAGACAGACCAAGGAGUUCAUCUUCUCGGAGCUGCUGUCCAACCUGUACUCGCGUGGGAACGAGCAGACACUCCUGGAGGAGUCGGCAGAGCAGGCAGACCAAGGAGUUCAUCUUCUGAGAGCUGCUGUCCAACCUGCACUCGCGUGGGAACCAGAAGACACUCGUGCAGGAGUCGGCAGAGCAGGCACAGUGGCGCGACGAGAUGCUGCUUCUCAGAGCUGCUGUCCAACCUGUACUUGCGUGGGAACGGGAAGACACUCCUGGAGGAAUCGACAGAGCAGGCAGACCAAGGAGUUCAUCUUCUCGGAGCUGCUGUCCAAACUGUACUCGCGUGGGAAGGAGCAGACACUCCUGGAGGAGUCGGCAGAGCUGGCAGACCAACGAGUUCAUCUUCGCAGGCCUGCUGUCCAACCUGCACUCGCGUGGGAUCCAGAAGACACUCGUGCAGGAGUCGGCAGAGCAGGCACAAUGGCGCGACGAGUUGCUGCUUCUCAGACCUCCUGUCCAACCUGUACUUGCGUGGGAACGAGAAGACACUCCUGGAGGAGUCGGCAGAGCAGGCAGACCAAGGAGUUCAUCUUCUCAGAGCUGCUGUCCAAUCUGUAGUCGCGUGGGAAUGAGAAGACACUCCUGGAGGAGUCGGCAGAGCAGGCAGACCAAGGAGUUCAUC